AUGUCUCAAGAUCAAACUCCUGCGUUCAUUCUGGACUCCAUCAAGAACAAGGUAAUCUUUUUCAUGGAACAACAAGAAGAAUACAAGAAUGCAAUUUUCCAUGCCGAUAAAUUAUAUCACCUCACCUUUCAGAAUAAAAAGGAUUGGAGUCUCAAUUCCGAAGAUCCAUCCAUUCCUCUCUAUGAAAUUUAUUCUACACGGGAGAUUGAAGCCAUCUAUUUAUUGUCCAAAGCAUACUUUAAAGCAGGACAAUUUAAACGAGCAUUACACUUGUUAACAUCAUCAUUUACAAACUUCUCUCAAAGAGCUCCGAUGGAAUGCUUCUUUUUGGCUGCAAAAUGUUUGGAAAAGUGUGAUGAUUGGUUGGAAAUUUUGAGUCUUUUUGGAGAUAAUGAUAUGGAAUUUGAGCAAGUAUUACACCAUAGAGAAGGAGCUCAACAGUACAUUGCAAGUUUGUGCUUUUUACGAGGCAAAGCGUUCGAUAUGUUGGAUAAUAAGGCUAGAGCCAUACACUGGUACACACAAACAUUAAUUUAUGAUCCCAACUUUUAUGAAGCCUUUGAAAAAUUGGUAGAGAAAAAUCUGUUGAACAAUCAAGACCAAGCUGCGUUACUCAACCAAAUUAAUUUUUCACAGGAAGACCAAUGGAUCAAAUACUUUUAUACAUCCAAAAUUGAUAGAUUUUGCUAUAUUAAUGACAAUAGCAAACAAGCAUUAAGAAAAUUAAGUGUAGAAUAUAAUUUGUCGAAAAACCAUGAUGUUCGAUGUAGCGAGGCAGAACGAUACUUUUAUUCUCAACGAUUUAACCAAGCAUAUGAAAUUACAAAACAGAUAAUAGAGGAAGAUCCUUAUAAUCAAGCAUGUUUACCAAUCCAUAUUUUAACUCUGGUAGAGCUCAAUAAGAAGAGUGAAUUAUUUUCCUUGUCACACAAAUUAGUGGACGACUAUAAGGAAUCAGCAGUGUCGUGGUUCGCUGUGGCUUGUUAUUAUUAUUCCAUCAAGAAGUUCGCUUCAGCUCGAUCGUAUUUUACAAAAGCAACAAAUCAAAACCCUCACUUUUUGGAAGCAUGGCUUGGCAUUGGACAUUGCUUUUCAAAUGAUAACGAGCCUGAUCAAGCAAUGGCUGCCUACAGAACCGCUUAUCGACUAUUCACAGGAAGUCACUUACCUCCUCUCUACAUUGGAAUGGAACACAUGAAAACAAACAAUCUCACACUCGCUCAGAAAUUUAUUCAACAAGCAUUAAGUAUUUGCCCAACCGAUCCACUCGUUCACAACGAAUUGGGCAUGAUCAGUUACAAGUGGAAACUCUAUGAAGAUGCUAAACAACAUUUUGAAAAUGCUCUUCGACUCAAUCCCAAGAAAGACGAUACUCCAAAUUUUUCAAGAGAAAUUUCUCAUUCACAAUAUACUUCUCACUUUGUUGACACUGAAAACAACAUUGUGGUCCAAAUGUGGGAACCCAUCAUGUUCAACCUUGCCAACACUUACCGAAAAUUGAAACAAUACGAUUUGGCUCUUGCCUAUUACAAGAAAUGUAUUGGAUUACAGCCAAAGAAUGCAUCCAUCUAUUCUGCUAUUGGAUUGACCUAUCAUUUACAGCAAUAUAGUGGCAGUUCAAAUUUACACACAGCCAUUGAAUAUUAUCACAAGGCACUGGCCAUUCAACCUGAUCACUCCUUCACAGCCACCAUGUUGAGUAAGGCACUAGUACAAAUUGCAAAUCAAUCACUUGAAUAUUUAAUGCAACAACCUGAAGAAGAAAUUCAAGACAACAACAAUACUGUACAAGAGAAUGACCUUAAUGUAAGAAUUAACAAAUUGUCGUCUCAUUAA